AUGGUGGAAAUAGUGAGCCAGAGAAGUCACACAAGUGAGAAGCCAUUUUCCUGUUCUGAGUGUUUGAAGUGUUUUACACAUAAAUCACAUCUUGUUACACAUCAGAGAAGUCACACAGGUGAGAAGCCAUUUCCAUGUUCUGAGUGUGUGAAAUGUUUUACACAUAAAUCACAUCUUGUUACACAUCUUAGAAGUCACACAGGUGAGAAACCAUUUUCAUGUUCUGAGUGUGGGAAAUGUUUUUUACAGAAAUCAGAUCUUGUUGCACAUCAAAGAAGUCACACAGGUGAGAAACCAUUUUCAUGUUCUGAGUGUGGGAAAUGUUUUUUAAGUAAAGCAAAUCUAGUUUCACAUCAGAGAACUCACACAGGUGAGAAGCCAUUUUCCUGUUCUGAGUGUGUGAAAUGUUUUACACAUAAAUCACAUCUUGUUACACAUCAGAGAAGUCACACAGGUGAGAAGCCAUUUACAUGUUCUGAGUGUCAGAAAUGUUUUGCACAUAGAUCAGAUCUUGUUGCACAUCAAAGAUGUCACACAGGUGAGAAGCCAUUUCCAUGCUCUGAGUGCGGGAAAUGUUUUAGCCGGAAAUCACAUCUUGUUACACAUCAGCGAAGUCACACAGGUGAGAGGCCACUGAUAUGUUCUGAGUGUGGGAAAUGUUUUACAUACAAAUCACAACUUGUUAUACAUCAGAGAAGUCACACAGGUGAGAAGCCAUUUUCUUGCUCUGAGUGCCGGAAAUGUUUUACACAAAAAUCACAACUUGUUACCCAUCAGCAAAGUCACACAGGUGAGAAGGCAUUCCCAUGUUCUGAGUGUGGGAAAUGUUUUGCACACAAAUCAGCUCUUGUUAUACAUCACAGAAGUCACACAGGUGAGAAGCUGUUUUCUUGCUCUGUGUGUGGGAAAUGUUGUGUAAGUAAAUCACAUCUUGUUAUACAUCACAGAAGUCACAUAGGUGAGAAGCCAUUUCCAUGUUCUGAGUGUGGGAAAUGUUUUGUAAGUAAAUCACAACUUGUUACACAUCUGCGCAGUCACACAGGUGAGAAGCCAUUUCCAUGUUCUGAGUGUGGGAAAUGUUUUGUAAGUAAAUCACAUCUUGUUACACAUCAGAGAAGUCACACAGGUGAGAAGGCAUUUCCAUGUUCUGAGUGUGGGAAAUGUUUUACACAUAAAUCAGUUCUUAUUAGACAUCAGAGAAGUCACACAGGUGAGAAGCCAUUUCCAUGUUCUGAGUGUGGGAAAUGUUUUACACACAAAUCAGUUCUUGUUAGACAUCAGAGAAGUCACACAGGUGAGAAGUCAUUUCUAUACUCUGAGAAAUAAAUCAUCAGAAUCAGCUUUAUUGGCCAGGUGUACUCGCGUACACUAGGAAUUGUUUGUGGUACAAUGCAUCGCCAAGCAGCAACAUGAAUGGGGAAUACAAGGCAUAAGAAGGGGGAAAAACAUAGCAUACAUUACAUAUAUGCGUUCAUACUGCACAUUGCAACUGUACAAUAGACUCAACAUAUUAUACAUGUAAGACUAAAAACGAAGGCUGCUUGGCAGAGCAGCACCGAGGGAGCCAUCCGCAGCGCCAACUAGAACUCAAACAAUGCACAUAAUACAGAAGAUUUAUGUAUUACACAUCAAACGAUAAACUACACAGACAAAAAUAAAAGAUACAGAAAGAAUAAUGCAGGAUUGGUGUAGGCAUUUUGGGUAAUAACUUCCAUGGGUUGUGUAUUCCACCCUCACAGGGUACCAGGUGCGGCAGCCAUCUUCGGCGCACUGCGUAGGAUUACCCUGGGUGAAGUAGUCCAUCCUCGAGGGGUAGGCCUGUAAGGUACUACUGAUGUUCUCUGCCAGAGGGUUAGUGGGCAUAGUCCUGGUGAUUUCAUUUUCGAGGUUUAAUGAGUCCACAUAAUGGUCUGGAUUUCUUUCUUGAUGUUGUUCAAUGUUUGUUCAACUGUUUUUUUUAACUGUUAAUUUUCAAACGCUUUGAGUAUUGGAACGCACAGCCAUGCAUAGCUGAAGCUAUAGAUAUAUACACACAAUAGACAUCACUCAGAUUGCACACAAUAGACAUCAUUCAGGUGAGGAACCAUUUUAAUCUUCUGGAGUAUACUCAUCAUUGCCAUGCGUUGUUCUUCAAGGUUCUUAUCCUAUCUCUAUGCUUUUUGCAAUACACAUGUUACCACUGGGUGAAAUAAUCAGAUGUCAUACCCUCAUCUACCACUGCUAUACAGAUGACCUGUCUUUGCUCUAGGUACUGAGAGCCCAGUACCAAUCCUAAAUGGUUGUCUAGCUGAGCUUCAGGUAUGGGUGAUGCCAGUUUGCUGUGAUUCAGUCCUGGUGAAACAGGCCUUUAAGCUCGCCAACAAAGAGCAGGAAUACAGCUCAGCUUUACCUACCAACCAGACUUACGCUUGGGGGGUCAGAGUUACAAAAUGCUGAUCAUGUGCGGAAUCUUGGUGUCCUGGAUGGUGGAGUGACACUUGGACAUCAGUAUCUGCCACAGUCAGAUACUCAUCUGAGGAACAUAGCCAGACUCCAGCACUUAUUUCCCUCAGAAUAUCUACCUACAGUCAUACAUGUACUUGUAUCAUCACACAUAGACUACUGCAAUGACCUCUACCUGGGUCUCCCAGCAAAAUAAUUGCACCACUUGUAGCUUGUACAGAAUGCAGCAGCCAGGCUGUUACCUAACCAGCCCGUUCCUGCCACAUAACACCCAUUCUCUACAACCUUCACCGGCUGCCUGUAAGAUGGUGACUGUAUUACAUAAUCUUACUUACUCUCCCAGCCCUACAUGACCAGGGUCCAUGGAACCAGAAGCAGCUUCUGCCUCCUUACUGCCACCUGCAGAUGAAGGACUGUUACCAGCAGUACCAAGAAUCCCCAAGCAGUGCUGAGAGGUCAGGGGGAAGACAGGGUGGUGGCACUAGUGCUGUAGUAGGGGCUGCCGGAGGCAGUGUCUGAGAAUUUUGUCCUCAAGCAGCGCUAAGGUAUCAGAUGGGAGACAGGGUGGU